AUGGGAAAGACUGGCAGAGCAUCUAGAACAGUAGCUAAACACAUACCAGGUCCGACUGCAAAUACAGAAGCUCUCAGAGAGCGUGUUUCGACUGCAACUGGUGAUGUUGCAGCUGCCCACAGAAUGGUAAUGGAGAGGGGUGAUAAAUUAUCACAAUUGGAAGAGAGAACCGAACGCAUGAUGAAUGAAUCUGAAAAUUUUGCAACCUCUGCCCAUGGAUUAAUGCUCAAGUAUAAGGACAAAAAGUGGUAUCAACUAUGAGGAGAAUAUUUAUUUACCACUUGUGCCCGUUUUCCUCUACUUUAUACCCUAUCCUUGUUUCUCUCCCAUUUUAUUUAACCAUAAGUAGAGUACAGAAAAAAUGUAACUGUAAUUUAGUAUUCACACUUGAUUUGUGAAGUAUAUAAAGACAGAACAAUUACUAAAUUUUCACGAGUGUCUACACCCGCGCAAGCAAAUAAUUUAAUGAAUAAUGAAAAAAAAAAAAA